UGGAGACAAGCAGCUUGUAUAAAAGAAGGAGAAGAACUAAAGCUCUCAAACUGAGCAAGAGAGCAAGAUAGAGAGCUGCAGCUCCAUCUGAAGGACUUAAUCACAGCUGGUUUAGCAUAUUUAGGAGCACAAUGGAAACAGAAAAGAGGACUCAGAAAUCAGCAGAGCAGACCGUAACCAGAGAUUUGUCAGAACAAAUCAAAGAGGUGACCAAGGAGAGUCAUGUCAGAGCAGAAAACACAGAACUGAUGCUGAGCUUCCAGCGGGGGCAAGUUACACUUCAACAAUAUAAGCUCCUCCUGUGCUCCCUGUAUGAGAUCUACCGGGCGUUGGAGGAAGAGGUGGACAGGAACUCCAACCAUCCCGCUGUUGCACCCAUUUACUUUCCCGCUGAACUGGCCCGGCUCAAGUCCAUCGAGAAGGACCUGGAGUUCUUCUAUGGACCGGACUGGAGGGAGAAGAUUGUCGUCCCUGCUGCCACUCAGAGAUAUAGCCACAGACUCAGACAAAUUGGCAAAGAAAACCCUGAGUUCUUGGUUGCUCACGCUUACACGCGAUACCUGGGAGACCUGUCUGGAGGGCAGGUGCUCGGCCGAAUUGCCCAGAAGUCCAUGGGGUUGAAAAGCGCCGAUGGUCUGUCUUUCUUUGCCUUCCCUGGCGUUUCCAGCCCCAACCUGUUCAAGCAGCUCUAUCGCAGCCGGAUGAACAGCGUGGAGCUGACGGAGGAGGAGAGGAACGGCAUGCUGGAGGAGGCAGUGAGGGCCUUCGAGUUGAACAUCCAGGUGUUUGAUGGCUUACAGAAGAUGCUGAGUGUGCCGGGAAAUGUGCAACAGCAAAGCUCAACAAACUCCAAAGCAGUUCACAGUAAAACACUCCAGAUCCCAGGAACCAUUUCACCAAUGCUGAGGAUGAUACUGGGACUCUUUGUGGCUCUGGCUGCUGUCGUGGGACUCUAUGCAUUAUAGAGACAGUUUGAAAAAAAUGUUUUCCUGAUCUGAAGAUCCUUCUGUAAAUAACUGAUAACAAUUCCAAGUAAAUUUUUGAGCUUUUAACAAACUAGAUUUAUACUGUAUUUGUUUACAUUGUGUACUGACUCAAUUUGUACUAUUUUCCCUAUCACACUGAUGCACUGAAUGCAUUAAAUGUGCAAUACUGAAAAAAUACUGUAUAUCUGCCACAUUUUUUAAUAAAAUCUGU